CAACGCAAGGGCGGAGGAGGAGGAGCGCUGGGCCGUCGGGCCGGGCCGAGCCAGGCAGCGGGCGCGGGGCCAUGGGGAAGCGUUACUUCUGUGACUACUGCGACCGCUCCUUCCAGGACAACCUCCACAACCGCAAGAAGCACCUGAACGGGCUGCAGCACCUCAAGGCCAAGAAGGCCUGGUACGACAUGUUCCGAGAUGCAGCUGCCAUCUUGCUGGAUGAACAGAACAAGCGGCCCUGCAGGAAGUUUCUGCUGACAGGCCAGUGUGACUUCGGCCCCAACUGCAGAUUUUCCCACAUGUCUGAGCGAGACCUGCAGGAGCUGAGUAUCCAGGUGGAGGAGGAGCGGCGGGCCAGGGAGUGGCCUCUGGACAUCACUGACCUCCCCGAGGGCCACCUGGAGGACUGGCUGGAGAAGAGAGCCAAGCGGCUGAGCUCGGCCCCAAGCAGCAGGGCUGAGCCCAUCAGAGCCAUCGUCUUCCAGUACCCGGUCGGCUGGCCACCCGUCCAGGAGCUGCCGCCAUCUCUGCGGGCACCCCCACCGGGGGGGUGGCCCCUGCAGCCCCGCGUCCAGUGGGGCUAGUUCCUCAUCCACCCUGGCCCCCUCCGGGUCAGCUCCCACUGCAGUCACAGUAAAAAUAAGGGCUCCUGCUGGGGACGCUGGGGUUCCCUCCUGCUGUGCCCCUCGGAGCCUCUGAAGCCCUUAGCUUGGCCUGGCCUGGCCCGGCUGAGGCGCAGGAGCGCCCCCACCAGGUGCAGCCCUGGCCCUGGCCAGUCAGCGCCACCCACCCUCCCUCCCUCACGGGACAUCUUGGUGAGACUGGUGAGGAAACUUCCUGCUGGAUGUUUAUAAAGAAAGUGUCACUACGGCGA